AUGCAGAGCAGAGGGGCGGAUGCUGGCUCGACGACGAUGAUGUUGAAGCAACUUGAGCCCUCGCUCACAAAGCCACAGUACUUUCCGCAGCCCCAAUCGCCGCUCCUGGGCCGCCUCCCCUUCGAGAUCCGCCGGAUGAUCUGGACCUCGCUUCUCCACCACGUCCCCAAGAGCGUGCACAUCGUGCGCUGCAAGGACAAGGCGACAGAUCUGCAAUACGUCGUGUGUCGCGAGGGCGUCAGGCCAACUUUGCUUGGCUGGAAUUGCUGUAAGUUUUGCGUCAAUGCCGCCAGGCGGAAGGAGAUGGGGUGGGGGCUGGAGUAUGGCCGGUUCUGUGGGCUGAAAAGGCCGUUUGGCGACUUGGUGGCGGUGGGGAGGACGUGUUUGUUUGCCUACGCCGAAACAAGCCCCCACAUAUAUUCAUCAGGCACCUUCAUCUUCGCCAACGCCACCAACUUCCUGCACUUCAACUCCGCCAUCCGCGCAGGCCCCCACUGCCACCAGCACCACCAGCACAUCCGCUCCGUGAAAAUAUACUGGAAUUUGGCGGGCGACUUCUUCCUGGGCGAUGAGGAGGACUUCCUCAUCCAGCUCUCCGUCCUCUGCGACAUGGCCAGGGGGCUGAGUGGACUUCGACGAUUCGUGAUCCUCAUGCCCCCCGUGCAUUGGUACGGGCGGGAAGAUAUGGCAAGGGUCCUUGCGCCUUGCGCCGCUAGAGAGCCUGCGCUGUGCGUGGGAGCUGAGUAUGCACCUUUCGUUUGGGGAGGGGGAGAAGCAGGUGUCGGACUUGGGGAGGGUGUUUGGGAAGUUGGGGUGGCGGGGAGCUGUGGGCACGGCAGCGGCGGCGUCUAA